UUGAAGAUUUGUUUCUCCGAGAGCAAGAAACCUCAGAGAGGGAGAGACGAAGCCAGAGAGAAAGAAGAAACUCCGAUGGGUCAAGGACCGUCUGGCGGAUUGAAUCGACAAGGGGAUCGGAAACCAGAUGGUGGUGACAAAAAAGAGAAGAAGUUCGAGCCAGCCGCACCACCUGCUCGUGUAGGGAGGAAGCAACGGAGGCAGAAAGGACCUGAAGCGGCGGCGAGGUUGCCGACGGUGACUCCUUCUACCAAAUGUAAGCUUAGAUUGCUUAAACUCGAGAGAAUCAAGGAUUAUCUUCUAAUGGAGGAAGAGUUUGUGGCGAAUCAGGAGAGGUUGAAACCUCAGGAGGAGAAAGCUGAGGAAGAUAGAUCUAAAGUUGAUGAUCUUCGUGGUACACCUAUGAGUGUUGGCAAUCUCGAAGAGCUUAUUGAUGAGAAUCAUGCCAUUGUUUCUUCUUCUGUUGGUCCUGAGUAUUACGUUGGGAUUUUGUCUUUCGUUGAUAAGGAUCAGCUUGAACCUGGCUGCUCCAUUUUGAUGCAUAACAAGGUACUCUCUGUUGUUGGCAUUCUUCAAGAUGAAGUGGAUCCAAUGGUGUCUGUGAUGAAAGUGGAGAAAGCUCCUCUGGAGUCAUAUGCUGACAUUGGAGGUUUAGAAGCUCAGAUUCAGGAGAUUAAGGAAGCUGUUGAGCUACCUUUGACACAUCCUGAGUUGUAUGAAGAUAUUGGAAUUAAACCACCAAAGGGUGUGAUCUUGUAUGGUGAACCAGGCACUGGGAAGACAUUGCUUGCUAAGGCAGUGGCGAAUUCUACAUCAGCUACUUUCUUGCGUGUUGUCGGUAGUGAACUGAUUCAGAAGUAUUUGGGAGAUGGUCCCAAGCUUGUGAGGGAGCUUUUCAGGGUUGCCGAUGACCUUUCACCUUCUAUUGUUUUCAUAGACGAGAUUGAUGCCGUUGGGACUAAGCGGUAUGAUGCAAACUCAGGUGGUGAACGUGAAAUCCAAAGAACCAUGUUGGAACUACUGAACCAGCUUGAUGGGUUUGAUUCAAGAGGAGAUGUUAAGGUUAUUCUCGCGACAAACAGAAUCGAAAGUCUAGACCCGGCACUUCUUAGACCAGGCCGGAUCGACAGGAAAAUCGAGUUCCCUCUUCCAGAUAUCAAAACAAGGAGACGUAUCUUCCAGAUACACACAUCAAAGAUGACUUUAGCUGAAGAUGUGAACUUAGAAGAAUUUGUAAUGACGAAAGACGAGUUCUCAGGAGCUGAUAUUAAGGCGAUAUGCACAGAAGCUGGUCUGCUUGCUCUUAGAGAGCGCCGAAUGAAAGUGACGCAUGUGGACUUCAAGAAGGCGAAGGAGAAGGUAAUGUUCAAGAAGAAAGAAGGUGUUCCUGAAGGUCUUUACAUGUGAAAGACGCACAACAACUAUUUCAGUCUCUUCUUUGAGUUUGCUCUAUCUCUCCCUUUUGUUACCUUUUUCACUCUCUGCUUAGCCUUUUUUUUUCCGAUCAUAUAAAACCGUUCGCCCUUUAUUAAUUUGCUUCCAAAUUAGCCAUUUAUUAGUUUGCCAUCUUCCGAACCCCCUCAUAUGUUCAUUCGGAAAAAGUUCGUUAUUUUUACUUUGUGGUUACUAAUGUAGUCCAAUUUUCAGUUCAAUCCAAUAAAAACCGAUCUGGUUGUAUUAA